AUGGUUGACAACUUAUCAGAAGACGACAUCCACUUCUACACUGGACUGUCCUACGAUGCUUUCCACCAAUUAUUACGUGCUGUUGCUACAGUUGACAAGAAGAGAACCAAGCAGCUCACAUUGGAAGACCAAGUGUUGAUGACUCUCAUGAGGUUGCGACUCGGGUUGCUACUUGGACACCUCUCCAGAAUAUUCAAAGUGUCUGUGCCAUGCGUGAGCAUUACGAUCACUCACAUAAUGGAUGUGCUUCACACGGUGAUGCAGCGUGUCGUGAAAUGGUUGCCAGCUUCAUACAUACAGAAAAGUAUGCCAGCCAGUUUCAGGGAAAGCGGGCAUGGAGCCACCACCUGCAUAAUUGACUGCACCGAGGUAACUCUGCAGCGACCGAAGAAACUCAUGCCGAGGGCACAGACGUACAGUGCCUACAAGGCACAUAACACUGUAAAAUUCCUAACAGCAAUUGCUCCGAAUGGACUGAUAAUGUUCGUAUCUCAGACAUACGGAGGCCGAGCGUCUGACAAGUACAUCAUGAGGAGCUGUGGGAUAGAGGACAAUUUCUUACCAGGUGAUCAAGUUAUGGCUGACAGGGGUUUUUCCCUUAGUACUCACUUGCAGGUUGCUGGUGUGAAACUCAAUAUGCCUGCGUUUACAAAAGGCAAACAGCAGCUGAGCGAAAAGGAUGUUACUUCCACACGUAGGAUUGCAUCUGUACGGAUCCACGUCGAGCGUGCCAUUAAUCGUAUCAAAACCUACCGCAUCCUGCAGCAGCCUCUCCCCAUCAAAUCAAAGAAACUGAUCAGCAAAAUUGUGUUUGUGUGUGCAGGCUUAUGUAACUUAAAACCUCCGUUGAUUAGACAACGCGACAAGAAAGCUCAGCAAGUUGAGUAAAAUGCUUUUCA